CAAAGAUUUCAAAAUGGUACACACUCAUAUAUAUAACAAUUCACGUUAAAUUCGCGGUCACAGACAACGCGUUAUAAUUAGUUGAAUACGUUGUAUUUCUGUGAUUCGAGUUAUCAAUAUAUGCUGAUUGCUGUUAAUCGGACAAUGCUGGGCUUUGAACGCAAAUACAUUCAAUCAAGUCUAACAUAUCGCCUGUAAGAUAAGAGCGAAAGGCAAACAAGAAUAGGGGAGGUGAAAGAAAUUUCACAACUUCAAUUGUUAUCUAUUCGUGUCUGUAUCUAUAGCGAACGAAAAUGUAUUCGGUUUCGUUGCCCAGUUUCGUAACAUCGGCCAUUAAUGGUCAACCAAAAUCGCUGGAUCAUUCCGCAAAUAAAAUUAACGCUCUUGUCCGGAACAAACGAAUGUACAACGAGGGAAACGACGGUUCGAAAAAUCCGUUGGUCAGUUACUUCAACGGUGAGUGUCAAGCGGACCGAGCGGAAUGCAAAACAAGAGAAUCCACAGAGAUGACUCACCUCUUUUGCGUUGCAUCGAUCUACCAGGCCGAUGAGUCCAAAGGAAAUUCACAAGACACAGAAUUGGCGAGCGAUAAUUUCAGACACUACUCAAUCGAUCCGGUGUGUAUGAGUAUUCGUGUGUGCAUAUUUUGGUUUUUAUGGAUAAUGUUAAUAGUAGUGAUUGUUAUAUCCAUUUUAUCUUACUGCUGUUUUCCAUCAAAAACGUGCUACAAUUCUACUGUAAAUACAACGAAUACAGUGAGUAUUUAACAGCUGGAUAAUGCUGUAAAUUUUGUUUAUCCAUGAACCGAUAUCUCAAAUUAUGUAAUUGUCUUAAUUCCACGUUAUUUCAGUAAACUUUCCGGAUUAUUCACACGUUAUUUCAGUAAACUUUCCGGAUUUUUCAGUCAGAUGUUGUUAAAUAAGUCAAUAAAGGAAAGGUCAAUGUAUGUUCGUGAAGAUAGUAUAUUUUUUUCGUGCUAUCGGCAAGAUGUAAGAUAACGGCUUAAUUCCUCACUUCUGUUGAGCAGAUUAAAAUAUCUAUGAAAUCUUUAAGUGUGAAAUAAAACAGAUAUUAUGCAGAAUUACUUGCAUACAUUAUUUAUCGUUCUUACGUAUGAACGUAAAAAAAAUG